AUGGAAAAAAAAACGAAAAACGAAGAAGUGAACAAUUUAAUUAAACUUAUUAUGUCGGAACUUGAAAGUUCAAAAGCAUAUAUUGAGAGGAAAGGAAUAAAUGGAAUAUACGAUGCGAAUGAGGAAAGGAUACCCUCCAAAAGUUAUAGUGAAAUUUUAUCCUGUAUUAACGAGAAAUUACACUUUUAUCAAAACCUGAGUGGUUAUGUGGAUAAGAGGAAUGAAUGUGAUGAAAAGGAAGGGAACGAAAAUAAGAGGGACGAUAAUGAUAGGGACGAUGAUGAUAGGGACGAUGAUGAUAGGGACGAUGAUGAUAGGGACGAUGAUGAUGAUAAAACAUCGAAAAGGGAAGGAGAAAACUUUUUUGGUGAAUACGAAAAAAAAAAAUGCGAUUUAUAUAAAUUAAAAAAGAAAGAGAUUGCAGGAUACACAACGGAAGGACAUGCAAUAAUUAUAAACAAUGAAAAAUUUUCCAAACUUUUUAUGAAUUAUGAUGUGUCUAAGGAGCUGAAAAGAAGUAACAAAGAUGACAAUUAUAACUCCUUGAAUUAUUAUGACAAGCAUAAAGAGCUUAUGAAUGGAAAAGAGGAAAAAACUGGAAAUAUUGAAAAUGGUUAUUUAAGUGAAAUAUCGUGUUCAAGUUCAAGUGUUAUAUCACUAAACAGUUUUAUAAAAAGUCAAAAAACACAAAGAAUAAAUAAAAAUAGAGAAACAUAUGUGAAACAUAAAUAUCAUGACAAUGCAUUUGUCAGCCAUAAGUUAUAUUCUUGCAGUGACUGUUCCUCAAGUACUUUUAGCUGGUAUGAUAAACAGUAUGAUGAUUUAUUCUACUAUACAAAUUUACUAAAGGAGGACAAGCACUUGAAAAAAGGAAAGUCCAAAUUUAGGUAUUUAAAAAAAAAAAAAAAAAAAAAAAGGGAAAUGGGAAAGGGAAUGGAAGUGGAAGUAGAAAAUGAAACGGAAAAGGAAACUGCAAAUGAAGCGGAAAAGGAAACUGCAAAUGAAGCGGAAAAGGAAACUACAAAUGAAGCGGAGAAGGAAACCUCUAAUGAAGCGGAGAAGGAAACUGCAAAUGAAGCGGAAAAGGAAACUACAAAUGAAGCGGAAAAGGAAACUACAAAUGAAGCGGAGAAGGAAACCUCUAAUGAAGCGGACGAGAACUUGCAAACAUGUGCGGAGAGGAUCCAGUCCCCCUUUUACAGUUAUAUCUAUUUUAAGUACAAAGAAAAGGGAAAAGAAGAAUUAUACCCUGUUUUUAUAAACACUGUAAAUGGGAAAAAAAAAAUAUGCAAUUUGAAGAAAAUUAAUAAAUAUAGUCAAAAGCAUCAUCCUAAUGAGCAGGGAGAUAUAAAUAAAUACGAACUAGAUAGUAGUUUAUUUAGUUAUAAAAACUGUAAGCAUCUGUCAUCCGUUAAGAGUGAAUGUAUUAGAAGCAAACAUUUCAAAAAUAAUCAAACUGUUGACGCCUUGAAAAGAAGGCAUUUUGACUUGGAUGAAGUAACCUAUUCCAUAGACAAAAUUAUUCAUCAGUUGGAAAAUUUAUCAAACCCGGAUAAUCGAAAUAAGAAGACAAUAAAUUACAGUGAUCAUUUUGCUAAUUUUGUUAAGAAAAAUAAAGAAUACCUUAAAAGAGAAAACAAUUUUUCAUUUAAAAAACUGUGUGAUACGGAGAAAAUAAAGUUAAAAGUAAAAAUAAUUGGAACGGAUGGAAAAAUAAUAAAAAAUAAAAGCCUUGAUAAUGUUCUUAUAAAUAAGAAUAAAACCUUUGGGGAUUUAGCGAAUCGAUUAGGUCAUUCUUUUAACAUUCCGAAAGACAAAAUAGAAAAAAUUAAAAUGUUCUUUGAUGGGGAAUUAUGUGAUAAAAAUCUUACAUUUGAUAAUGAAGAACUGGGAUUAGAGGAUGGGUAUCAAAUAGAUGUGAAGUUCCCCUUAACGGAUGAAAUUACGUGUAACGAGAAAGACUCAAGUUGUAGUGACGAUUCGUACGUACUUUUUUUACCCGACUCAUAUGUUAUUGAUUAG